AUGUUCCUACAUGAUGAAGAUGACGCCACAGUUCACCCCAUUACCCCUUAUCAGUCCACAUCCUGUGAUAUGCGCGCGUCAAUACUAAAGACAGAUGCCGGACAUCGUCUUUUCGCACGAUACCGCAGGGCGCAGCACCGUAGGGAUCUCGGCCAAUCCAUAAAGCACUUUGAACGUGCCUCUGAUUUCUGCCCCGUUGAUCAUCCCUGCCGCCAUGCAGCGCAAUUCAAUCUAGCUACCGCACCCGUCACCCAGCUCCAUUUUGCCAUCACUCUGCUGUCUCGUUUCGCGAGAAGGCGGUUUCAAGUUGAUGCUGAUGCGGCUGAGGAGUUGCUGAGUGACGUCCUCGAUCGGGACACAUUCUCGCCGAGGCCAAUCAUUGGUGUUGCACUGAAUAUCCGCUAUGAUCGCCAAGGCAAUGGCCAAGAUCUCGACGAGGCCAUUGCGCUUCUCAAUGAAGCGCUGGUUUUAUACCCAUUCGGUCUCCCAGAUCGGCACAUGUCAUUGGUUAACCUUGCGGCUGCAGUCCUCACCCGCUUCAGACACUGGGGAAAUGACCAAGACCUCGACGAGGCUAUUGUGCUUGAGAGAAAAGCACUCGCAUUUCUCCCGGUCGGUCACCUGGAUCGGUCCGCGUUAUUGAAUAACCUUGCGAACGCACUCUGCGCCUGA